AUGUCCCCUCUCUUCGGCCCCCUAACCCUCUCCCUUGCCGACCCCCAAACCGAAACCUCCCGAACCUUAUUCUCCCACUUCCUCUGGAACGCCUCCAUUCUCCUGGCCGAGUAUUUAGAAGAAGGACCCUUCCCCCUCUUCUCCGUGUCCUCAAAAUCCGUCGUCGAACUCGGAGCCGGCACCGGAUUAGCAGGUAUGCUAGCGAACCUCACAGGAGCACAGAGAACAGUAAUCACCGACUACCCCGCGGAAGAAGUGCUGACCAACAUCCGGAAAAAUGUCUCUGAGAAUUUAGUUAAUAGGAAAGAAGGGAAAGGGAAGGGAUUUAGGGAUGGUGGGAGUGGGAGUAUCUCAGUUGAAGGCCAUGAAUGGGGAGUUCUCGAUACGGAUUUUGCAGAAGGGAAUAAGGGGUCUUUUGAGAGGGUGUUGGUAGCGGAUUGUUUAUGGAUGCCAUGGCAACACUCGAAUCUUCGGAAGAGCAUCGCUUGGUUCCUUGCUCCUGCUAUUUCCCCUGCUAAUACCCAGGGAAAGGAUGCGAGAUAUCUCCCACCGUCGGAUGAGAAUCCUUAUACUCCGAAUCAAGGGGGUCUCGCGUAUGUGAUUGCGGGAUUCCAUACGGGACGGGCGAAGAUGGCUCCGUUCUUUGACGUGAAGGGUAUGAGAGGGGAUGGAUUGGUGGUGGAGAGGAUCUGGGAGAGGAAUGCGGAGGGGAGGGAGAGGGAGUGGAGGGUUGAUAGGGGGGAGGAGGAUAAGGAUGUUACGGCUAGGAAACGGUGGUUGGUUGUUGUGGUUGUGAGACGGCUUUUGGAUGGGGAGUGA